GCGUGGCCUCGCUCUGAGGGGAACCCUUCCCCUCGGCCGCCGCCGCCGCUCCGGAAGCGGAACCGCGACCGCGGCCCGGCCCCGAUCCCGAUCCCGGCCCCGAUCCCGGUCCCGCGGCCCCGGCCCGGCCCGCUCGGAGCCUCCGGGACCCGGAGCCUCAUCCCGGCCCCGCUCGGAGCCUCGGGGACCCGGCGCGGCCCCGUCCCCGCCCGCUUCCCCUCACCCCCCCGGUCUCCGCCACGAUGCCGGCGCUGCUGGAGCGGCCGAAGCUGAGCUCGGCCAUGGCGCGGGCGCUGCACCGCCACGUCAUGGUGGAGCGGGAGCGAAAGCGGCAGGAGGAGGAGGAGGUGGACAAGAUGAUGGAGCAGAAGGUGCGGGAGGAGCAGGAGCGGCGCCGGCGGAAGGAGCUGGAGGAGAGGAUGUCCCUGGAGGAGACACGAGAACAGCUGCUGAAGCUGCAGGAGAAGCUGGGCGCGCUGCAGGAGGAGAAGCAUCAGCUCUUCCUGCAGCUCAAGAAGGUUCUGCACGAGGAGGAGAAACGGCGCCGCAAAGAGCAGAGUGACCUGACCACGCUGACGGCGGCCGCGUACCCCCAAAGUUUGGGGGUGCCGGGGGCGCAUCUGCUCGGCAUGACCGGCAGCCCGGGGGGGCCUCGCUCGGGGCUCAUCGGGGCCGAUCGGGCCAAGCAAAUGUUCGGACCCCCCGUGAUCAGCCCGCGCCAUUUCGGGGCGCAGCCGCCCUUCGGGGCCGGGGGGGACCCCGGAGCUUUUGGGGGGGCCCAGGGGGGUCCCGGCCCCGCCCCCUUCGGGGUGGGGCAAAGUCCGGCCCCGCCCCCGCCCUUCCCCCCCGCCCAACCCCCACCGGCCUACGGAGGAGCCCAACAGCUGCGGGCCCCCGCCGCGUUCCCGGCGCUGCCGUUCCUGCCCCAGCAGCCGCCGGGGGGCGCCUUCGGCCUCCACGGGCACUUCCCACCCACACAGCCAGGGUUCCUCCCCCCCAGUUCGUCGCUGCCGCUGCAGAAGCAACUGGAACACGCCAACAGCCAAUCAGGAUUCAGCGAGCCCGCGCUGCACCCUGGCCCCGCCCUCCUGCCCAGCCCCCAACUGCCCGUGGCCAUCCAGGGCAGCGCCAAGCCGGCGCUGCCCUUCCCCGCCCCCCCCCGCGCCGCCUCCCCCGGAAGUUUCCCCGCCCACGGCGCCGCCCCGCAGCCGCCCCCCCCCCACGCCCGGCACGGCCCGUUCCUCCCCCACGGGCAGGGACAGCGCUUCUACCACAAGUGAUGACGUCACCGCCGCCACGCGUGACGUCACCGGGGGGGCGGGGCCGCCCCGCCCCUCCCCCCGCCCGGGUGACGUCAUGGGUUUGGGGGGGGGAGGGGAUUUUGGGGGGGAUUUGGGGGGAUUGAGGAGGGGGGAGGGGCGGUGUGAGCCCU